GCUCGGGGCUUGGAGUUCUCUGGGUUUAUCGACCAUUUUCGCUCUUCUUCUUGAACUUUUGCUUCCUCUGGCCUCCGAAAUUUCAUUUUUCUGGAAAGCACGCCUUUCAGAAUAGCGCCAAACUCCUCCUACUUUCUUUUCAAUUUCACCUGCAGAAUUUUGAGGGAAUCUGACUUAUUAGGCUUUCCUAUACGGCUGUUCUUUCUACUUUGAUUGAUUCACAAUGGUUGAAUGCAUAAUGGAGGACAUACCACUACCAUCUCUCUUUGAGCAAGCCCGGAAGAUUCACACAACAGCAACGGAGUCUGGGGCUGACCAGGAGCUUGUGAGGAAAGGUUGCGAGGCCCUGGGGAAGUGCGAGGACAUGAUAAAUAAGCUGGGUCUGUUCUCGGCUAAUGAGACCAAAGAUGAUAUUAGUACCACGAGUCUUAAGUAUAUUCUCGUGCCAUUUUAUCUAGCCGAGUUGACUGAAAAAAUAGCUCAGGAUGACAGGAUACAGAUUCUUAAGGCUUCCGAGGCAAAGCUAAAGGAUUUUCUCUCAUUUUGUGAAGCAAUGGAGCUUGUUCCACAAGAAGAGUUAGAAUGUUAUAAGCAAGGGGCCCCAAAAUCUGUUGCUGAUCAGAGGGCCAGAAAGAUUGCUAGAUUUAAAUGUCAAAGAGCAGCAGAGUCAAAGCUGCUGGAAAUAAAGGAGAGGAAGGAGAGACGUGGCCGUUCUACCAAAGCUGCUGCAUCUUCCACCCCUGUUGAGACAGGAGAAGAAGAAGCAUUGGAUGACGAUGGAGAAGAAGAAAGAGAGGCAUGGUUUACUACCAUAUCUUUGGCAAUCUAUAAGGCAUUAGAUCUGCUAGAAAUGUUAAAGAAAGAGGAAGAGAUGCUUUCGGCAAUAAAGGAGAGACAAUCCAAGGAUGGGGACAAGGAGUUCUCUAGGGAUGUUCUUGAUGAACGUGCAAAAAAAGCAGAGGCUUGGCAUCGGGAUGCUGCAACUCGUGCACAGUACAUUAAACCAGCGCAGCCUAUCACAUGCGCCACUUUUGCUCAAGAUGUUCUAGAAGGAAGAGCAAAGGUUACUCAGGCACAUGAUCACAAACACCAACCAGUUAUAUUUGGACCUGCCAGUCUUGUUAAUGGAAGCCUAACAAGUGAGAGGGAAAGAAUGGCGGCUCAGGUUUUCCAACCUGGUUAUAGGUUGCCAACCAUGAGUAUUGAGGAAGCUGGACUCAGGGAAAUGGAGAUGAUGAAUAAAUGGCAAGAGAGAAAUGCGAGGCUCAUGGAAGAAGCCAAUUCAUCGUGGUACAAGGAUGGGAAGUUGAGGCCUGGGGAAGAGGAUGAAGAUGAUGAUGCUGCACAGGAGAAGGCCAGAGCUUGGGAUGACUGGAAAGAUGAUAACCCUCGAGGGGCGGGCAAUAAAAAACUCACACCUUGUGGUUAAGUUUUAGGCGGUUACUGUGUUUGGUUGUUCCAUGCUGUCAUCUUUAGUUAUAAUGAAGUCACAUAUUUUCUCUAGUCGGUUUGCUCUCGAAAUUUGUGGAUAAGGUCCUAUAAUUCAAUCUCAGUGUAACAAUUGCUUUUAAGCUUAACCCCAAUAAAUGUGUUAUAAUCUCCUUCUGAGUUCGAGAA